UUUGAUUGUCACAUCUUAAUGCGAUAAAGUUGGCAACUACCAUAUUCUUCGUACUGUUUUCAGAAAUGAGGUAGCAUAGCUUGCCAUAUUUUCAAGCAAAGUAAAAGCAACUUGAUAUCAAAUGUAUUCGGUUUUGGCAAUGGGAAAUCAUCCAAUCAUAUUUUUGGGUAGAUAAGGUUUAUGGAUACUCGUCUGAUCCAUAUUUUCCCAAGAAUCAUUAUCUCAAAAACUUAGCAUCUUCAUCUUGAGGGUCUACUUCUUUUGCUAAGUCCUUUUCUUGCAUAUUAUCAUGUGUUAGACGAGAAGCAGCAUGGUGUCUGUCCUCUAUUCUUACCUGCUUCAUAUCAUAGGAACCCCAUUUAUUCAAGAAUGGUGCCCAUGGCCCUCAAUUUUUUUUGUCUAUAUCCAUGCAGCUAAAGUCGAGUUAAUGAUUCACUACCGUGUAGGCCUCCUCUAUUAGGAACAGAUGUUACUGUCAAUCUUCGACUUUUGAAGAAAAUGGAAGAAUAUUGAUUGCACUCAAUUAUUAGUUUUAUUGUCCUUUUGAUUGUAAAAGAACAUAAAUAAAGUCCACAAAUCUUGUAGGAUAAGAUUUUCUAUGCUCCUGUAGUAAAAGGCAAUUCUUCAGAACUUGUAAGAGACAAAAGGCAGCACUUGGCUGAAACUGGGUAUUGAGCCAUUCCUGGUUUCACCCUUGAACAUGAAAUCAAAAUUCAAAAGUAGUUGGAGAUCAAUUGUGCCUCUUCAGACGCAGGGCGAAUCAACAACAAGGUUCUGCGUGUUUCCUAAGGUCAAGUCAACUGCCUUUAGCCAAGGAAACACUCCUGUUUACCUAAAUGUUUAUGAUUUAACACCUAUCAACGGCUACGUUUACUGGGCUGGAGUCGGCGUCUUUCACUCUGGUGUGGAAGUGUAUGACAUUGAAUAUGCUUUUGGAGCCCACGACUUUCCUACUAGUGGCGUAUUUGAAGUUGAACCCCGGCAAUGCCCUGGAUUCAGGUUUCGCAGGUCAAUUUUCAUUGGCACGACACACUUGAACCCUCACCAAGUUAGAGAUUUCAUGGAGCACCAGGCUGCGAAUUACUGUGGUGAUACGUAUCACUUGGUUGUCAAAAACUGCAACCAUUUCUGCGAGGAUAUAUGCUACAAGCUGACUGGAAAACGGAUACCAAAAUGGGUGAAUCGGCUAGCAAGGAUAGGUUCAUACUGCAACUGCAUACUCCCGGAGGCACUAAAAACGAGCACGGGGCGACAUGAUGCAAACUGUCAAGAUUCAGAGAGUGAGAAGAAGAGCCUGAGAAGCUCUUUGAGCUGCUUCUCUUCAAUUUCUAUGCACCCGAAGGAGAAAGAGGUGUCGAUAUCGUCGUUGGUCUUACAAUCACACUACAAAGGCUGUCUGCCUCCCUGGGAGUUGAAGAAAUCCAGAAGUACUAAAUCUGUGAAAGAAGGUUAGGGAAUAGGAUUUUUUUUUUCUUUUCUUUCUUUGUAUUUUUUCUUUUCUAUCUUUGUGGAAUCCUAGAUUGUUUUGUUUUUUUGGGUUACAAGUACAACCACAUUCGAAUGUAGUUAUCUCAAUGAGGUUUGAAGGGUAAAACAAUCGUUGUUUUUUCCUCUAUUCUGUAAUGUGUGUAUUUUGUUCUCACCUUUUCUUCAUGUACUUCAUUUGAUGAUGUAUCUUCAGAAAUAUGCUGCAUUUGUUGCUGAGAAUUCAUUUUUUUCCAA